AUGAGACGCCUCCGCUUCAGCGGCUUGUCGAUGACGGGCCAUCUCCGAACACCGAGGACUGAAAAGAAGUCUGAAAUGAAGCCAGUGGACGAGACUCGCGUUGAGGCCUCCCGGUCCCAAUCGGAGGGGGAUCCCUUGCGGCAGAAGCUGCGCGCCCUGGGAUCAAGCUUCGCAAGCUUGGGGCAGCAAGUGGACCAGGAUGCCAGGAGGCGUCGUGAGCUGGCUUCACACCGCUGCCAGGAGCUCCUGGUGGCUCUGGGAAAGCUGGAGCACGAGCUCACGGACGAGACCCACAAUCGCGAUAAAGAGUUGGCCGAGUUGAGACAGGCGAUGGAGAAGAGAUUGGCCCAAAUGGUAGAGACCAUCCAAUCGAGGCUUUCUGACCGCUUCGCAUCGUUGCUCAGCACCCUGGAAGCCUUGGCAGAGAGGUGUGCCACUCUGGAGUUCGGCAUUCAGCAGUUUCGAGGAGAGCGGCCUUCCCAGCUGCAGGUGGAGAUGUCAAACCUGAGACAAAUGAUGCUGGGGCUCCACGAGGACCUUGCCAAGGAGCAGCCCCUGGCGGCCGAACAGGCCGCCCUUCUGCUGCAGCAGAUCGAGGAGGGCGACUUCAACAUUGAUGCAGAGUUGCAGAAGGAGCUCGUGCGGUUGGAGCGGCGGGGGGAGGCGUUGCAGGAGCUCAUCGAUCAGUUUGUAACUACACCGGAGGAUGCAGACAUCGGCCAGAAAAGGGCGUUGGUGCUGCAGCGUCUCGCAGCUUUGCGGGCGGGCCUGGCUGAGGAGGUCGCCAAGCGAGACCAGGCUGAUGAUGAGGUGGUGCAGGCCAUUAAUGCCUACACUGCUCAUCUCAUCAAGAGCUUCUCGAAGGGCCCAACGGAGAUGUUUCCCUAUGCCUGCCAUGGAGCGCUGCAAGCUCUACCCAGAGGUUCCGACGAGGCGCCUGUAGUCCUCCGGUCUGCGGCUGGAAGAGAGGGCCCCGCGCACGCAGUGAGCUGCUGUCGUCGAGGUCGGGCGCACGCUGUAUUGGCUGCGAGUGCUGCUGCCAUCACUUUGUGGAGACGACAGCCCAGGAGCAAGUCGCUUCGGCCCCUGGGCCUUUGUGCUCAAGGCGAUGGUGAGUACAUGGAGGAGUUUGAUGCCCUCGGUCGGGAGCUGUCUGGCAAGGCCGUCAUUGUGGGCUGGGAUCCAGGCCCCAAGAAGCGAGCCGCAAGUGCCGCCUACGGCCCUUCCUUCUCACCGGAGGAGUCCCUCGAAGAACUGGAGAACCUCUGCGGGACCUUGGGCGUGGAGGUGAAGGAGCGCGUGCUUCAACAGUGGCGACCAACUUCCGGUCGCAUGCCCAUCGGCAGCGGAAAGGCAGAUGAGCUUCGACAGCAGGAAAUGUUGUUAUUGGUUAGAGAAGACAUGAUGUUGGCAAUCGUGAUGUUUGAGAGAGCAGCAUUGCGCCGCACCCCUGUUGACAAAAGAAAGCAACGCUAUUGCAGCGGCAGCAAAGGGGCUGUGUGGCUGACGAGCGGGGGUGCGGUGUCCGGCCAUGGAGACCGUGACAUCUUCCAGAGAGACAUGGCGGGAGAUGUGAGGCAGCCCUCCCCGAUGUUAUGGCUUCAUCCAGUGCACCUUUGCUCUGCCGAUCCGAAGCCACUCCGCUUGCAACCAGAUCCUUCGUGUGAUUCGCCGCUACGUGGAGAGUUACUGAGUCGACUGUUGGAUCGCAUCGCGGGAAGCGAUUUCGCUUCGCCAAGGCCUUCGGACACUCGCGAUUGUCCGGUGACGCUCAACAACAGGCAGCUGCAGGUCAAGAGUGACAUACUUGAUGAGCCUUUGUUCUGCAUCUCCCUGAUGUUGGCGGAUGUGGUGUCCACUCCAGCUAGCGAUCUGGAAACUGCACAGGGUGACCUCGCUUUGCAAGUGAUCGCAGUGGCACCACGUGCCCCCGAAGCCGAGUUGGAUUCAUCUCGGGCAGGACCCGAUGAAGCCUGGAUUUUGUGCUCAGCGGCCUCUGAUACCCUGGUGCAGCUCUCAAUGCAGGGCGCUGUGCGAUGGGAUUGGAAGGACACCUUCUCGACGCGUCAUGUGCUGGGCACCGGAAGCUGUGGCAAGGUAUUUGCGGCAGCGCCGAAGUCAGAAAUGUUGCUGCCCGAGAGGCUGCGUGGCCAGGAUGGCUGUGCGGUGAAGGUCUUGUCGGGGCGCAUUGACCAGACAUCACUCAGGAGUGAAGCUCUUUCCUUGGCAAUGGCGGCAGGUCACCCAAACAUCUGCGGCUUUGCAGGAGUUUUUUGUGAGGUCGUGGAAAGCGAUCCAUCGAGUGAUGGCUCUCCCAAGUCCGGCGAAGGAUCAGAGGCCGCCAAGCCGGAAGAGUUCAAGCAUGGCGGACCCUUGUCUUGGCGAAUAGUGCUCGAGCUGCUGCCUGGAGGAGAUCUCUUUGACUCCGUGUCCGACCAUGGGGUCCUCCAAGAGGCUGAAGCCAUGGAGCUGCUCCUAGACACCCUUGGCCACUGGACCGUGGAAGGCCUUCUAUCAGCUCUGGCCCACCUCCAUAGUCUUCGACUCGUCCAUCGGGACGUGAAAGCGGAGAAUGUACUCUUCGGGCGCAACAGGCACGCAGCGUCUGCCAUUGUGUGGGUGUCCUUCUCUGGAUUUGCGUGCGCUGUAGUUUUUGUAGCGCAAAUUGGCGGUAAUUGA